GUCAAGAAGGCUGCCUUAGCAAAUGAAUCCCCUGACCCCCAGACAUGGACCUUGUAUCCAGUGGUCAUACUUAAAGUUAAAGAAACGUAUGAAAAGGCCCACAAUUUUUAUAUGAAGGCAAAAAAAGGAGAGUCAUUGGAUACCACCGAUGAUGAUGUGAAAAGAAAAAGAAAGCCAAAUAUGAAAUUUUCCCUGCCCGACUACUCCAGUGAAGACGAUGACAAUCGGAAUCUCCCCCCGGCUCCAAAAAUCCCAAGAGCACCAGCAAAAAAAAAAACUAUUCCAAAUUCAGAGUUGACCACCGUUACUGCUCUGCCAGUAGCACCACCGCUCUUCCGCUCCAGCCAUGCCGAGUUAACAAGUCAGACCACCACUCCUCCGUCAACUUCGCCCACAUCUCUGCCAGUACCACCCCAGCAAGAUUUUUACAGACUUGUUCUGCAGCACCUCCGCACAAUUGAGGAGGAGCUGAAGGAGGUGAAGCAGCAGGUGGCGGUCAACACAGCCAUGAUACAGAGACUAGGUGGUGGUGGUGUGGCAGAUCUCGGCCUUGUGGAAGACACCAACAUGCCAUUGAGCAAUGCCGAGGACCUGGACGAGCUGGAGAGGCGGCUUAUAUCUGAUGUGGACCUAAAAAAUCAACUGGUGAACAUACUUGCUAUUUUGGGAGGGAAAACCACCAAAGACGCAGUGAAGAGGAUGCUGGGCCGGGCUUUCAGGAGGUCCCUGGCGCUCCAAAUUAAUUGGACUGGCGCAGCUGGAAAGAUCGCUUUCAAGUCCCUAAACCUGAAGAGUGUGUUGCACAGAGCCGUUCGGAGAGUGGUAACCACAGCCACUGAAGAGGAGCUUCAAAAAGAAGUCUCCCUGUAUUUGAAGGGGGCGGCUGACAGGGAGGGAGGGAGAAAAGACAGGCAGAAAAGGGUGGUGAAUGGGGAUGGGGAGUGUUGAGCCCAUGUUGGCCAUAUGCUUAUGAAAUAAACAAAAUGUAU